AUGGGGCCUUUUCCUACUUCCUUUGGUUAUAAUUAUAUUCUUGUGGCUGUUGAUUAUGUAUCAAAAUGGGUUGAAGCUGUAGCCACUAGGACAAAUGAUAGUAAAGUUGUUUUGAAAUUUCUAAAAGAUAUUUUUGCCAGCAUUACUCAUAAAGUAGCUACUCCAUACCAAUCACAAACCUCUGGUCAAGUAGAGGUGAGUAACAGACAAAUCAAAGGAAUACUGGAAAAAACGGUGAAUCCUUCCCGGAAGGAUUGGGCCAUCAAAUUGAAUGAUGCACUGUGGGCUUAUAGGACAGCCUACAAGACUCUGAUUGGCAUGAGCUCAUACAGGUUAGUAUUUGGGAAAGCUUGUCAUUUGCCAGUAGAGUUAGAACACAAAGCCUAUUGGGCUAUUAAAGUCCUAAAUUUUGAUUUGCAGAAGGCUGGUAAGUUAAAAUCUUGGUGGACAGGGCCAUUUGUGGUACGUGAAGUAUUUUCCCAUGGUGCCUGCGAGAUUGAAAAUCCAGACACAGGUGAAAAAUUUAAGGUAAAUGGGCAACGACUAAAACAGUACCUCGAGGGAGAUCCCUCAGUCUUGAGUAUUGAUCAGAUAGAGUUACAGGACUCUAAAUGCCCAUGUUGUCCAGCUACAGACAAUUACUGA